GGCUCUGGGCGCGGGGCGGGACUCCGGGGCGCGGGGCGGGCGUGCUAGGGCCCCGCCGCCCUGGCCUGCCGUGCCUUGCGCUGCGCGCUCAGCAUGGCGGUCCCCGCGCCGCGGCGGCUGGCAGCGCUGGCCCUGGUCCUGGCGCUGGCCCCGGGGCUGCCGACAGCCCGGGCCGGGCAGACGCCGCGCCCUGCCGAGCGGGGGCCCCCAGUACGGCUUUUCACCGAGGAGGAGCUGGCCCGCUAUGGCGGGGAGGAGGAAGAUCAGCCCAUCUACUUGGCAGUGAAGGGAGUGGUGUUUGAUGUCACCUCCGGAAAGGAGUUUUAUGGACGAGGAGCUCCCUACAAUGCCUUGACGGGGAAGGACUCCACUAGAGGAGUAGCCAAGAUGUCCUUGGAUCCUGCAGACCUCACCCAUGACACUACUGGUCUCACGGCCAAGGAACUGGAGGCCCUGGAUGAGGUCUUCACCAAAGUGUACAAAGCCAAAUACCCCAUCGUCGGCUACACUGCCCGGAGAAUUCUCAAUGAGGAUGGCAGCCCUAACCUGGACUUCAAGCCUGAAGACCAGCCCCAUUUUGACAUCAAGGACGAGUUCUGAUGUUCCACCUGCAGGAGCAGGUUCUUGGGAGCAUGAGGCAGGAAGACACUAGGUGCUGAAUCUCCUGCAAAACUGGCUGCCUGGAGGCCCUGAGCCACCCAGAUCCGAAUAAAACAGAUGCUUUCCCUGGAAGAGCAAAUGCCUCCUGUUGUCCUUGGUCAGGGGUUCUGUCUACCUGGGGACCCCUGUCCGCACACCAGGGAUCAAUAAGAGCCAAAGUGGGACACCUCCUAGAUGUCAGUAUCAGCUGGAAUUUUGAGCGACCUUUACUUUAUACUUUUCUGUGCUUGACAGAUUUUCAGCCAUGACCAUGUUCACUUUAUAAUCAAAACAAAAAUAAAGGUCCCAUUUUUACAAAA